AUGCGCAGUGGGCCCCGGCGGGCACCAUCUCGCCGCUUCUUUCAUCUCUGACGUCACCGGCAUUUUCCCACAACACCCCGCAGCUCGCAGAUGACGAAGAUGGCGGACAGCUCGUCCUCGGUGGAGAUCGUUGAGGGCUGCCGCCUCCCGGUGCUCCGGAAGAACCAGGAGCACGAGGACGAAUGGCCGCUGGCAGAAAUCCUGAGUGUGAAGGAAGUGUCAGCGAGGAAACUUUACUAUGUUCACUACAUCGACUUCAACAAGCGUCUGGACGAGUGGGUCACCGGAGACCGGCUGGACAUGAAGAAGCUUCAGUUUCCAAAGAAAGAAGCGAAAACACCGACGAAGAACGGACUGCCGGGCUCGAGGCCGAGCUCGCCGGAGAGAGAAGUGAGGAAGAGUCUAGAUCUCACCGUGCAGCCGGCCACAGCGCCCUCCAGAGGCAAAACCCUGCCCACACCGCUGUCGGGUCACGCUGAACUGAAUCCAGAUAUAAACAACCAUGACCCAAAAAAAGAAGAUGAUGAUCCAGUCGUGCAGAUCACAUCUGGAAGUGCUUUGACACACAGUGUGUCCAAAUGUUUGUCAGGGGUUUGCACUGGACUUGUCAAGCCACGUUUCAGCUUCAAAUCUGUGAAGAAGAGGAAGGUGGAGGCCGUCCCCUUGGCGACUCAGGUAUCCCCGGCCACCCCGGUGCCGUCCCUGCCAAGUUCAGCUGAAGCCUCUCAGGCGUCUGUUUUUCCUGCUGUGAGGGAGACGAACACCUUCAAGACCCGAGAGGACCACGAGCAGCUCGCCUCGCUCACCACGAACGGCACGGCGCGACGACUCGUCCCAUCGCAGCCCGGCAGGAAGAGGAAGGCGAACUGUGGAGGAGCCGACGAGAUGAUAAAGGUUUUGCAGUAUAACAACCCGCAAAGUGCCAGUGUCUUUCUGCCACCACCAGAGGACUCCCAGGACAGUUCAGACGGCAUCCCGACCGCGCCCCGCAUGACGGGCAGCCUGGUGUCCGACCGCAGCCACGACGACAUCGUGACCCGGAUGAAGAACAUCGAGUGUAUCGAGCUGGGACGCCACCGGCUGAAGCCGUGGUACUUCUCUCCGUACCCGCAGGAGCUGACCACGCUGCCCAUCCUCUACCUCUGUGAAUUCUGCCUCAAGUACCUCAAGAGCCUCAAAUGUCUGCAGAGACACCUGACUAAGUGUAAUCUCAGACAUCCUCCGGGCAACGAGAUCUACCGUAAAGGAACCAUCUCGUUCUUUGAGAUCGACGGCAGGAAAAACAAAACGUAUUCCCAGAACCUGUGUUUACUCGCUAAGUGUUUCCUCGACCAUAAAACUCUGUACUACGACACAGACCCGUUCCUCUUCUACGUCAUGACGGAGUACGACUCCAAAGGCUUCCACAUAGUCGGAUACUUCUCUAAGGAGAAAGAGUCGACUGAAGAUUACAACGUCGCCUGCAUCCUCACGCUGCCGCCGUACCAGCGGAGAGGCUACGGCAAACUGCUCAUCGAGUUCAGUUACGAGCUGUCCAAGGUUGAGGGGAAGACGGGGACUCCAGAGAAACCUCUCUCUGACCUCGGUCUCUUGUCCUAUCGCUCUUACUGGUCUCAGACCAUCCUGGAAAUCCUCAUGGACCUGAAACCGGACAACGGCGAGCGACCACAGAUCACCAUAAAUGAGAUCAGCGAGAUCACGAGUGUGAAGAAAGAAGACGUCAUUUCAACGCUGCAGUACCUCAACCUCAUCAACUACUACAAGGGUCAGUACAUCCUGACGCUCUCAGAGGACAUCGUGGACGGCCAUGAACGAGCCAUGCAGAAGAGACACCUGCGCAUCGACCCAAAGUGUCUUCACUUCACACCGAAAGACUGGAGCAAGAGGGGCAAGUGGUAGAGUCCGACCCGGUUCUGAACCCUCCACCGACCGGACCGGACCGCUCGGUUCACAGACUGACAAACGAACGGUGGAUCAGAGAAUGGUUCUUCACUCCACAUGCUUUUAUUGUGAAUAUUCAGUAUAUAUAACAGACUGUGGGGACCCCGCCAAAAUAAAACCCUUCUGCUGUGUCAGGUUAACGACCGGCGCUCGUUAAAGCGACACGGCGUCUGUUGAAUAUGUAAAUGAAACAUAACGAGUAAUUCAUGUGAAGUCCAGAAGAUUUAAUUUCACAAAGUCGAUGACGAAACGCGUUAGCUUAGCACGUCAGUCGACCAAAGUGUCCUCGCGUAAACAGGAAGUGAUUUCAGAAUAAGACACCUGCAGAUUGUAAACUAAAUGAACUUUAAUUUGAAAGUUCCUCUGAACAGACAGACGUCGCUGUGGUGGAUUCAGGUUCACCUCUGACAGUCAGUCUUCUCGCUCUGUAAAUGUGAUGUACAGUCUUUUUGUUUUUUACUGCGUGUAAACGGACGAACAGGCGUCCGCGUGAGUUUGUGUUUGAUGUUUACAGUCACGAUGUGCAGAUUUAUCUUUAAUGACACUUCACAGGAAGUUUGAACGUUUGAUAUGAGAAGAAAAAAAAAAACAUCUUUAAACACA